AUGCACGCUCGCGAUGCCUCCGGACGUCAAGUUUCGCUCCUAAACGACGACCUAACUUCUCAUAGCCGCCACCACCAUUCCCAAAGGCAACAGCAACAGUACUCUUAUGACAAUGCUUAUGACAAUGCCGCCGCCGCCCCUCCCUCAUACUAUGUUCCUGCACCUCGGAGCGCCUCGUCGUCACCGAACACGCCAGAACUACUCCGUUCAGAUUCGUAUGACUCCCAAAUGAGCAAUGAACCCAUGUCACCCCUGACGCCUGCUUUCGACUACAGCCGGGGUUAUACGGCUUCCAUCACCCUGGCCGACCCCCGGUCCCAGUACGAAGAUUACAUGGACCCUGCCCAGGCAUACCAAGACUUGAAGCACCCCAGCGUAUACAACAACAGCCGAGCCGCCUCGUAUGACGACGAGGCCGGCGCCAGCCCGACCGCCGGUGACCGCUCGGGGAAGCGAUACCCCUGUCGGUAUCGUGAUAGCCACGGUUGUGAGAAGACGUUUACAACCUCGGGCCACGCAUCACGGCACUCCAAGAUCCACACUGCUGAGAAAGCCGUCCCUUGCUCAUUUCAAGGCUGCUCCAAGAAGUUCACGCGAGCCGACAACAUGAAGCAGCACUUGGAAACACACUAUAAGGACAAGUCUCGCACUUCGUCGUCCUCGUCCCGGCCGGCGCUGUCUUCGAGCGAGAGGAGAUCCUCCUCGUCCGGAAAGUCAUCAAGCCGCAGCAAAGCGGCCGCCCAUGCUGCAGCAGCGGCCGCUGCCGCCGCCACUCCCGGUACUCCCGGCACCCCUUUACCGUCUUCGGGGGGCGUAUGGGACUUGCGCGGACUUGACCUCCCUCUUCUCAGCCGGCCCACCGCCGGGCGUACUCCGAGCAGCGGACUCGAUGCUCUUGCAAUGGCUGUUGUCUGCCAGGAGGGUGCAUAG